AUGAGUAGGCAUAGCAUCGAGUUUGUCACGGAGCCCGUCUGGUCGGAGGAACCCUUCACCAAGCCUGUCCCCCGAGACCCUCGCAUCAAGCGCAACGUGUGUAGGGAUUGUUGUCAAGCGGGCGGCUGCUUGGGAUCAGCACCCAAAGUUCGAGGCAUCCCCAAUGGCUCCACACCAAUGCCUGAAGAGGAAGAAAAAGAUCUCCUGAAGAAGUUGGAGGGAAAUUGGCACAUCCAGGUUCUUGAGAAGAUGCCGAAGCGCGAUGGAAAAUAUCGCAUUCAGGAUCCUGUUUAUGAUCAGGUGAUGGUCCAAGACAAUUUCUACGUUUUGUCUGGAGGGACUCGCAUCGGUUUCACCAUGAAGCAAUUCUUUCAUUUCUACCAGGGGCCCAAGCAGGAGAUCUACUGUGAUUACAUUGGUAGCCAGCUGGUGAAGAUGGACUUUGAAGGCGGUGAAGUGGAGGUCAAGAACGGCUUGGGUGAGAGGCUGCUCUGGCAGCGGACCUGGAAGAAGGAUGGCUCGCCCCCUCCCCAGCAGAGCAUGUGCCUGCAGCGGCCCUGGCAAAGCUGGCGGCAGUCGUGGAGGCACCCAGCCAAAGUGGAUUUACUGUGGUGUUCCACCCGAUGGACCAUGUCUGGUGGCCUUUGGGCCACCUUGAUGCUGCGCUUUGCUUUCUGGGAAAUCAAAGGAUUUCUGCAAAAUUUCUCAUCAAUUGUCAUCAAUUGUCGAUUCCAUAGCGGAAUCCAGCUGUGCCUUGUAGUCACCGCAGCCAUGAGUAGGCAUAGCAUCGAGUUUGUCACGGAGCCCGUCUGGUCGGACGAACCCUUCACCAAGCCUGUCCCCCGAGACCCUCGCAUCAAGCGCAACGUGUGUAGGGAUUGUUGUCAAGCGGGCGGCUGCUUGGGAUCAGCACCCAAAGUUCGAGGCAUCCCCAAUGGCUCCACACCAAUGCCUGAAGAGGAAGAAAAAGAUCUCCUGAAGAAGUUGGAGGGAAAUUGGCACAUCCAGGUUCUUGAGAAGAUGCCGAAGCGCGAUGGAAAAUAUCGCAUUCAGGAUCCUGUUUAUGAUCAGGUGAUGGUCCAAGACAAUUUCUACGUUUUGUCUGGAGGGACUCGCAUCGGUUUCACCAUGAAGCAAUUCUUUCAUUUCUACCAGGGGCCCAAGCAGGAGAUCUACUGUGAUUACAUUGGUAGCCAGCUGGUGAAGAUGGACUUUGAAGGCGGUGAAGUGGAGGUCAAGAACGGCUUGGGUGAGAGGCUGCUCUGGCAGCGGACCUGGAAGAAGGAUGGCUCGCCCCCUCCCCAGCAGAGCAUGUGCCGAGAUUUCAUGGAAGGCCUGGCAAAGCUGGCGGCAGUCGUGGAGGUGAUGCAGUUGCCGAAGCCAAUUGCCCGAGACACUGCGGAAAAAUCUUCUCCUCCUGCUGCU